AUAUUUUAGUCUAAGGGCAUGACACCAUUACCAAUCCAGUCCAAUCCAAAUGUCCAAUGGUCCGAAUUGGCCCAAUUAGGAUUGAUAAAUAACAAAAACUGUCCGAAUAUUUCGGGAACACAAUAAACCCUUCCUUAAUUGAAAAACAGAGAUCGACUAUGGUGGCGGACGCGGCGGCGCAACCGAACAAGCUCCGAUGGGGGGAGCUUGAAGAAGACGAUGGAGAGGAUCUCGACUUUCUUCUGCCCCCAAAGCAGGUAAUUGGGCCCGACCAGAAUGGGAUUAAGAAAGUCAUCGAAUACAAGUACAACGAAGAAGGUAACAGAGUAAAGAUAACCACCACAAUUCGCAUCCGCAAACUCGCGAACGCCCGGCUCAGCAAACGCGCAGUCGAGCGCCGAUCGUGGUCCAAGUUCGGGGACGCUGUUCAUGAAGAUGUUGGCGCCCGCCUUACCAUGGUUUCAACCGAAGAGAUUCUUCUGGAACGACCUAAAGCCCCCGGCUCCAAACAAGAGGAAAAUGCUCCAGGAGACCUCUUACCUAAAGGAGGGGCUGUUCUCAUGGUGUGUAGAACCUGCGGAAAGAAGGGUGAUCACUGGACAUCAAGGUGCCCUUACAAGGAUCUCGCAAACCCAGCUGAUGUUUUUGUUGAUAAGCCACCUUCAGAGGCAAGGCCAACGACACCUGGUGGUUCAAAGUCUUCUUCAUAUGUUCCUCCUAGUAUGAGAGCAGGAGCUGCUGAGAGAGGUGGAGCUGAUAUGGGUAGACGCAGGCAUGAAGAGAACUCUGUCAGGGUGACUAAUCUUUCAGAGGACACAAGAGAGCCUGAUUUGCUUGAGCUGUUCCGUCCUUUUGGUCCUGUGAGCCGAGUUUAUGUUGCUGUUGAUCAGAAGACUGGCUACAGCAGAGGCUUUGGUUUUGUGAAUUUUGUGAGCAGGGAAGAUGCUGAGAGAGCCAUUAGUAAACUCAAUGGAUACGGUUAUGAUAAUCUCAUCCUUAGAGUUGAAUGGGCUGCCCCUCGAACCAACUAAGCAAUUAAUCUGCUGAGCUUUCCAAUCCUUCACACCACUCUCUAGAUGUGUGUAUGUGGAGGUUCUGUUUGUUGCCCUGUAAUAGAGAUGUAUAACCGUAUUUCUCAUUCCGUGUUGUAGUAUUAUUUACAUGUGCACUAUACUUGCUGUGUGGCGAUGUUCAUUUGGUCUUACUCCUAUUUCAUAUAUUUCUUAUGGCUCUAUUUAGGGCUGGCAAUAAAGCGGGUCAAACCGAAUAUCCGCCCGUUUUUAGAUUUAGGGAAAACGGAUCGAUUAAUUGAUUUAAUUCGGGCAAUACGGGUGCACCCGUUUAAUCGCAGAGAUAGUCCGAUGCGGGUGCGGGUGAAGAGAAAUUUUUUCGGACACCGCCCGAAACUCGAUUUAGUUAUUAUUUAUUUUUUUAAUUAAAUAUAAAUAUGUGUAUAUGGUAAUUUGUUACUGGGUUUACUCAUUUCCUCCUCCUUUUUGUUUUUGGCCGCGACACCCUUCCUCCACCUGACUACCCCUACUCCCACGUGUCUUUUACCCAUCUACACCACACUGCUCCACCCCUCCAAAGUCCAAUUUUUGUUCUUGAUUCGCCAUUGGGAGACUACCAGCUUGAAGGGAAAUUUUUUUGAGGCUUUAGAGUCUUAGAUCUGCGACCGGAUCGUUACUUGUUGUUGAAACUAAAUUGAUUUAGGUCAUGGAUCUGUUAAAUUUUUGUAUUUUUAGAUCUGUUGAAUUUCUAUAUCUAUUAAUUUCUUUUUUUUUCUCUUUGUUUUGUGUUCAGAUUUUUCAUUCUUCUUAUUGGAAGGAAAGAAUUCAAGUACUACUCCUUCUGCUUCCUUCCAUUAUUGAUCGGUUUCGUGAUGUGGGUUUUGAUCCUUUUUUUUAUUAUGGGCUAUGAAGACAAAAAAAAAAUUUGUUUUUUAGGAGUUCAUUCGGAGGUUUUGAGGUGUCUGAUCCAUAAUUUGGUGGAGUAAAAACUCUGAUGGCAAUCUUCCUUGAUUUUGCAACUGCGAUUUUUGCAGCCAUGGCGGUAAUUCCGCCUUUGAGCUCUCCAGUCUUAACCGAUCUGCGCCUUAAUCUUUCGAUUAUCAUUGCAUUUGGUGUUUGGUUGAAUUUGAUUUGGGCUUUUGUCAAAUUCAUCUUCUAAUGGAGACCCGGUUAUAAUUUUGGAGGAAUUUUUGUCAUUUGUAUCAUGUUCUGUUGUUUUUGUUUACUGGGGUUUUAGCUGCAUUUGAAAAUCUAAUUAUGUAUGUUUAGAUCUGUAUUAUUGGAGAG